AGAGCUCAGUCGAGUUUCAGUCGUUGGCGCGUUUAGUUCAGCUAGCAGCUGCGGCGUUUACUUUGUAUCUGUGUUGUGUGUGUGCGUUUGUUGGUGUUUGUGUUAAUGUAAAUAAACGCGUGUGUGCAGUGCAAAGUUCGUUGCUUUAGUCAUUCGUUUCGUUAAGCGCCAAAGCAACAACGUGAAGUAAAUGCAAAUGCGAAACCCAAAUGUAAAUUGAAGAAUUUUUGAAUGGCCGUCGGCAGUUGUUGUUGAGUAUCCUGCAGGCAGUCGAGUCGAGUCGAGUCGAGCAGGCAGUCGGGCAAACAAAACGUCUUUGCAUCCGCUUCCGGCUCUUUGUGCGCUCGUCUUUUAUGAAUGAAAUGCUGGCGCGUCAUGUCCCUGUCCCUGUCAACUAAGCGACCCAUUGUUAAUGUUACCUACUAGAACGGGAGAGGGAGUGAGAGAGUGAGCGAGAGAGUUAACAAAAAAACCCUAACCAAGUGCAGCGUAAAGAUCUUUAUCGCAUUUGCCUUCUGGAGCAGCAAGACAAGACAGCCAGGUAGACAGCUACAAAGAAAAAAGUAAAAUACAUUCGGUCAAGUCAAAGUCGGCUUAAAUACAUAUAUACAUAUAUAUAGAGAAAUAUAUCCAAGUCAGCGAAAACGUCGCCUGUUUGACUGAUAAAUCGCUCAGCUUAUCUGCUGUUUAAGUUUCGCACGCUGAUAAAUCGAAGUGAGAGCGAGAAAGAGAGACAGAGAGAAAGAGUGGGAGCUCAACUCAUUCAAAAUGUUGCCCAAACUAAGCUGCCUGCUGCUGGCUCUGACGCUCGUGGCAGCCAAUCAGCUAAAGGAUCUGCUCGAGGACACUACCACCGCAGCCAGCACGAGCUCGUCGAGCACCACCACAACCACCAGCCCCACCACUGUGAGCGCCUAUGUCAUCUCGGCGGCCGCUAUGCCCGCCUUCAAUGCAGUCGCGCCCAAGUCCAAGUCGAAGCCAGCCCCUGGCAAAUACUUCAAUAAGAGCUCGCCCAGGAAGCGCAAGGCCGAGGAGGUCUCCUCGCUGCCGCUGCCCGUGGACACGGAUGGCCUGCUCGAGUGGAAGUGCCCCAACAUCUCGGGCUCUCGCAAUGCGGAACUCGAGUGCGGCUGCGAUCUGCCCCACACGCUGCGCUGCAAUAUCGAUCUGCAUGGACUAUUGUUGUUGGCAGACAGAUUGCGCAGCUCGCCGUAUUCCAUAUCGCUGCUGGACUGCUCGCUGCGCAAUGUGACCUUCCUGAGCGAUGCCAAGAUCUUUGAUGGCAUCUCGCUGCACGGCCUGGUCAUCUCCUCGGGCGAGAUCAAGCGGGUGCACAAGUCCGCCUUUCUGGGCAUCAAGGGCCCGCUGCAGGCCCUGGGACUGCCGGGCAAUGCGCUGCUGAGCGUGCCCUGGAAUGCGCUGUCCACGCUGAAUAGCCUGGAGCGCCUCGAUUUGGCGAACAACAAGAUAAAGGCUCUGGGCACGGCCGACUUUGUGGGUCUGGGCAACCUCGUCUACCUGGAGCUGAGCAACAAUCAAAUCUCGAGCAUCUCUCAGCGCACCUUCAGCGGCCUGCGCAAGCUGGAGGUGCUGAAGCUGGGCGGCAAUCGACUGGGCGACUAUGCGCAGAGCCUGAAGGCACUGAGCCAGUGCCUGAGCCUGCGCCAACUGGAUCUCACGGCGAACAAUCUGAAUGGACCGCUCAGCGAGCAGACGCUGCCCGGCAUGCGCAACCUGGAGAGCCUGAACUUGAACAGGAAUAUGAUUAAGAGCAUACAGAACAAGGCCUUGGCGAAUUUCUCUCGCUUGGUCAGCCUCUCGCUGCGUCACAACCAGAUCGACGUGCUGCAGGAUCACGCCUUCUUCGGGCUGGGCUCAUUGGACAGCCUCGACUUGAGCUACAACGGCAUUGUGGCCAUCUCCAGCGCCUCGCUGCAGCACCUCACGCGGCUCACAGUGCUCGACCUGACGCACAAUUUUCUGCGCGCCCUCACCUCGGACCUGAUUGCGCCGCUGCCCUCGCUGCGGGAGCUGCGCUUGGCCGGUAAUGACAUCUCGAUCGUGGCCAGAAAUGCCAUGGAUCGCGCACAGGAGCUGCAGAGCUUGCAGAUGCAGGAGAAUCCGCUGUCCUGCGACUGCAGCAUUCGUCCUUUCGCCGAGUGGCUGCAGGUCUCCAAGCUUUCCUCCAGUCUCAGCGCCUCCUGCGUCACACCUCCGCGACUGGAGGGCGCUCCGCUGCUCCAGGUGCCGGUGGAGUCGCUUACCUGCGACAUGGACAACGUGGAGAAAGAUAAUGCGAACAUUAUGGAGCAUCUGGAAACGCUGGCCAAGCCCAAUCAAACGUCGACACAUGUCAAGGACUUGUCCGAGGAGAUCAUUCUACACGAAUUGCAUUACUCGGCGGACUAUGGCCUCAUCCUGACGUGGCUGCUGAAUCUUAGCAAGAAGGACUAUAUGUGCGACGCCAUAUUUGUUUACAAGGAGCAGAAUGUGAACGAGAUUCUCAUCGAUAACUCACCUAUCCACUGCGAGAGCAAGGUCGUCAAUGGACAGAAUACCGUGAGCGUGAUAGUGCCCGAUAGUUCCUCAUUGGAUAUUGGCGAAAGCUAUCGCUUCUGCCUGGUCAUGGUGCAAGAGCAGAAUCCCAAAGCUGAGCUCAACAUCGGCUGCUCCAACAUAACGCAGUUGCAGCUCAGCAGUCCCGGCUCCAAGCCCGCUCUGCGUCAGUAUCAGCGUCGGCCCUACUAUACGCCGCACGAGCUGGAUCUGGAGCCGGAGCAGGCGGCUGGCGAGGACUACCAGCAGCUGAAUCCGCGCCAGUUUAGCAGCGGCAGCCAGCAGCAGCAGCCGUUGCAUCCACAUCAGCAGCAACCGCCGCCGACGUUGAUGCACAGCUACGAUGUCAUCGAUUCGCUGCACAAGAGUUUUCUGCCCGGACUGGGGCUGGGCAUUCUGGUUACCUCGGUGGUCGUCCUGAUCUGGGGUGCCACGCGCAUACGCCAGAGCGUCAGUGGUGGAGCGGGCGAUGCCAGUCUGAGCAGCAUUAGCAGCUUGCACCACCACCACCACAAUAACAACAACAACAAUAACAACAGCAGCAACAACAGCAGGCCGGGCACGCCCACCGCGACGACUUGCUACGCCGCCUCGGACCACAUAGCGAGGAUGGCGGACGCGGAGAAUGGCACGCGCUACCUCAAGCUGCAGGCAACGACCAGCCUGUAGGAGCAGGAGGAGGAGUAGGAGAAGAGAGGCAGAGAGGUAGAGAGGCGCCACCCAGACUCAGAGCCAAUCGAACCAAUCGAACUUGUGAUAGUACAAGCACCUUGUACCCAAAUACAUGUAUAUCAUAUCAUAAAAUAUAUAAUCAUACAUAUAGCAUAUGCUUAUAGAGGGAGCUGUCGUCAGCUCACCCGCACUAAUCCAAAUACUUGGCCUAACACUAACCAAAUUGUGCCAUAAGCUAACUCACACAAGAAUAGCACCUCGUUCUAUAUAAGAAACAAAGUCUUA